AUGGAUUUUGAACAAGAUAGUGAUUUUUCUGAAGAUUUGCCUCAAGAUUUGUUGCAUGAAGAUAAUGUGCAAAGUGACCAAGAUAUAGAUAAUAUUGAUGAAUUCAAUAACAUUGAUGGUCUUCUAUAUAAUCUAGAUGAAAUACAAGAGUUAGUUUCAAAUCAUUUUCAAGAUGCAGAAAAGUUAAAUGAGCCAGUAAAAAUUAAUUUUGAAAUUGAACUAGAUUCAGCUCUUAUUGAAAGCAUUUUUCCAGAAUUCAUAUUAGAAACACAAGAUUUUGAAACCAUUAAAGAAAGCUUUUAUCAAUUAAUUCAAAGUAAUAUUGAAUACAAUAUACAAAAUUCUGAGUUAUAUAGGCAUCUUCAACAUGAAAAUCUUAUUGAUAUGCAAAUAUAUACCAAAGAGCAGCUCUUGUCAACAAAAAAAUAUCUUGAAAGCAAAGAGCAUAAAAUUCUUUAUUACUUGAAUAACGACUUUGUAAAAGUUCUUGGAUUUACAACAUCUUUGUUUAACAGUAUUGAUGCUUCAAACUUAAAAGAGAUUAUCAUCUCAGAUGGUAAUACUAGAAAUUUGUGUUCAGAUAAUCACAUCCAAGAAAUUGUAGAUAUUGUCAAACA